AUGCCCAAGCCAAUCGUCCUCCACCUAGGCGACGACAUCCGCUGGAACCACGAGCUUUACGCCAAAUUCCAAGAUGCAUUCGACAUCCGCCGUUCAUACAGUAUGAACCGGGAGGAUUUCAAGCGUGCCCUGAAAGAGCGCACCUUCGGUGAUUUCUUUGCUAUCUACCGCCCGUUCUGGAAUACUGGUGGUGAGAUGGGCAACUGGGAUGAAGAACUUGUUUCGCUGUUGCCGGCUACUUGUCGUGUUUAUGCUAGUGCUGGUGCUGGGUUUGAUUGGGUUGAUACGGCUGCUUUAGCUAGGAGGGGUGUCACCUACUGCAACGCCGCAGCUGCAUGCACAGAGUCUGUGGCUGACGCCGCUAUCUGGUUGAUCAUCUCUACAUUCCGUCUCUUUAGUUGGUCUCAUGUAGCUGCGCGCUCUGUAGACGCUGAUCAAUUCGUCGACGCAAACCGAAACUUGGCUAUGGUCUCUCACAACCCGAACGGACAUACACUCGGUAUCAUCGGAUUCGGACAGAUCGGUCGACGAACAGCUGAGAAGGCGUACCUUGCGAUGAAGAUGAAGAUCCACUACCACGAUAUCGUGAGAAUGCCGUCCGAGCUUGAAUCCGUGUCAAAAGCUACAUACCACAAGGAGAUGGAUACAUUGCUGGCAGUUUCGGAUUGUGUGAUGGUUGCGACACCGUUUAGUGGAGAGACACUGCUUAAUAAGAGUCUCUUGGCAAAGAUGAAGGAUGGAGCCAGGUUAAUUAACAUUGCUCGAGGAAAAUUGCUUGAUGAAAGCGCGCUUGUGGAGGCGUUGGAGAGUGGGAAGUUGGCUGCGGCUGGUUUGGAUGUGCAUUUCGAUGAGCCGAGGGUGUGUCCUAAGCUUGCUUCUAUGCGCAAUGUCGAGAUGAUGGCUCAUAAUGCUGGUGCUUCGGUUGAUUCGCAUAUCGGGUUUGAGAGGUUGGGUAUGGAGAAUAUUCUUUCUUUUGAGAAGACCGGGAAGGCGGUUACGCCUGUUAAUGCGCAGUUGGUCGCCAAGGCGAAUGGGUCGAAGCUUUAG